GAAAAAGGAGCAUCAUAAGUUUGACUCUCUCCCUCAUUGAUUAGAAUAAGAAUUUCCUCCAUUUUCUCUCUCUCUUUUUUAUUUCUAUAUCUUCAUUAUCUUCUACCCCUCUCAUCACUCUUUCCAAUCUUCUUCUUCUCUCUGUUCUAUGGUUUUCUAAACAUGGCUGUAGACUUAAUGACCAGUGGUUACAGAACCGAUAAUUUUUCAUCAAAAAUGGAGGAAACCGCCGUACAAGAAGCUGCGACCGCCGGACUUCAAAGCGUCGAGAAAUUAAUCCGAUUGUUGUCUCAAUCUCAUCAAAAUCAACAUCAACAAAAACCGAAUUUUCAAGAUUCGUCAUCUUCUUCUUUGGGUAAUUCCUCUGUUUCUGCAGAUUAUCAAGCUGUAGCUGAUGCUGCUGUAAACAAAUUUAAAAAGUUCAUUUCUUUACUUGAUAAAAACAGAACUGGCCAUGCUAGAUUCCGCCGAGGCCCAAUUAGUUCUCCUUCUCCUCCUCUUCCAUCAAAACCACAACAAUUACAACAACCCAUUAAGAAUCAGAACCCCCAAAUUGAAGAAAUCGAAAAGCCCCAAACUUCAAAUACCAAAAUCUACUGUCCGACCCCAAUUCAAAGAUUGCCUCCGUUACCUCAUAACCAUCUUCAAUUAGUGAAAAAUGGGUCGAUUGAGAGGAAAGAAGCAUCAACUACCAUCAAUUUUGCUUCUCCGUCGCCGGCGACUUCGUUUAUGUCAUCGUUAACAGGGGAAACAGAGAGCUUACAACAGUCUUUAUCUUCUGGGUUUCAAAUAACAAAUCUUUCUCAGGUUUCAUCCGCCGGCCGGCCACCUCUUUCUACUUCUUCAUUCAAAAGAAAGUGUAGUUCCAUGGACGAUACUGCUCUCAAGUGCAGCAGCGCCGGUGGGUCCUCCGGCCGUUGCCACUGCCCAAAGAAAAGAAAAUCAAGAGUCAAAAGAGUAGUAAGAGUCCCUGCUAUUAGCAUGAAAAUGGCUGAUAUUCCACCUGAUGAUUAUUCAUGGAGAAAAUAUGGUCAAAAACCCAUCAAGGGUUCUCCUCAUCCUAGAGGAUAUUACAAAUGUAGCAGUGUACGAGGAUGUCCAGCAAGAAAACAUGUAGAAAGAGCAUUAGAUGAUCCAGCGAUGUUGAUUGUUACAUAUGAAGGAGAACACAAUCAUUCCCAUUCCAUUACAGAAACACCAGGAGCUCAUGUUCUUGAAUCUUCUUAAAUUUUAAUGAUAAUCAACGGCUCAGAUCUUCUUUAGAAACAUGAAGAGUAAAUCAGCACCGUCGAUCUAAUGGUCAACGCCUACAGAAAAAGAAAAAAAAGAGGCAAUAUUUGUUUAAUUUUUAUUCUCUCUAUGUAUUUGUCGUUGAAAUACUUUUGAUUAUGCGUGGAAAAAAUUUGAAAAGAAGAUAGAGAGCUCAAAUUGUGGAUUUGAUGGAAAUUGAAUCAUGCAAAACUUUA